AGCAGUGUGAUCAGAGUUUCUCCUCCUUUAGACGAAGAGACAGAGCAUGCCGGAUGUCUGCAAAGAUGGUCCUGUAAUACUUCACAAAAUAUAUGUGCUUGCUGAUGAAGAGAGAUCGUUAUUACAAUCAUGUCACGGUAUCACAAAGCAGCCAUUGAUGGCUAUCUGGAUCUUCUGAAAGAAGCCACGAGGAGAGACCUGAACACCCCGGAUGAGGAUGGCAUGACCCCCACUCUCUGGGCAGCGUACCACGGACACAUCGAAGCUCUGCAGCUCGUAUGCAGUAGAGGGGGGGAUCCAAACAAAAGUGACAUCUGGGGGAACACGCCUUUGCAUCAUGCCUCUGCAAACGGUCACAUGCAGAUCGUCAGCUUCUUGGUGAACUUCGGAGCCAAUCUCUUUGCUUUGGACAAUGAUUUCCACACUCCCAUGGACGUGGCUGCCUCUCGAGAUCACAUGGACUGCGUCCGCUUCCUGGACACUGCUGCCGCCCAACAGACAGGCCAGAGCGCCAAAAGGGUGGCGCGUCUGAAAGAACAGGCCACCAAAGAUGCAGAGCGUAGAGUGAAGCAGUGUGAACGCAUCAAGAAGAGACAUCAGAGUAAGAUGGAUAAGAUGUACCGUGGCGGCUCUGUCUCAGACGGAAGUUCACUUUCUGGAUCAGGUACCUUGAGCAGCGUGAAUGGAGAACAGUUCUCCAAACUCAUUGCUGCAGACACCAAUGGAUCGAAUUCGUCAACAAUCAAGGGAACCCUCCAGCACAAAUUUGGAAAGAAAGACAAAGGGACAGUGAGUAGACAAGGGGAUGGCAAUGUCAUUUUUGUCAAACAAGAAGGCGGCUCACAAGAGAAACCUGGUUUUGUUGAGGUCUUCAAUGAGCAGGAUGAAAUUCAGGAUGAUGACGAUGAUGUAGAGAGAGAUUUGGACGACGAGGGAGCCAGUCAAGUCAAGUCUAUAUUCGAAAGGCCAGGUCUCGGUAAAAUGGUGUUCCGCAGGAACUUCUCAAUGGAAAUGACCUUGGACACUGAAGACCUCCCCAGUGGCAAUACAGAAGACCUAGGUUACCUCAUCCGUCAAGAGUUGUUUGAAACUGUGGAUGAAAGUCUGGAGGGUUUGGACAAGGAUUCAGAGCUUCCUUGGAAUGAAGAAGAGAUCGGUCUGGAUGAGGAAGAGGAGACCUCACACUUGGAUUCCUUCUUGGCCUCAAUCGGCCUGUUGGACUAUGGUCCUGUGUUCACCCGUGAACAUUUGGAUCUUGAUGCCCUGAUGCUCUGCUCAGAUGAUGAUCUUAAAGGCAUCCGCAUCCAGCUAGGGCCACGCAAGAAGAUCUUGGAAGCAUCGGCUCGAAGGAAAACUGUGCUAGAGCAGCCUGGCGUUAUGAAGGACACCUUCCUUUAAUAACGUGCACCACUUAAUCCCACAUUUACAGUUUGUCUCAGCUGACACUCUUUUGCCAUCAUGUAGUUGUUGUUUCAUACCACAUUUCUGUGAUUUUAAUGAUUGAAUGGUGUAAUAAAGCAGU